AUGUACGCUUCAUUCUUUACUGCCGGACUCGUUGCGCUUGCUGCCAUUGCCUCAGUUGUUACUGGCCAGACACUCCCCGCUGGUUGCGACCGCAAUGCAACAGUUCAAUCUGGAGAUACAUGUGACAUAAUCUCCGCCACAUACAACGUGUCCACAUAUCAGCUGGCGGCGGUCAACAACGCCACCAUUGACCCCGCCUGCGAUAAUCUGUAUGUUGGAGAAGUUGUGUGCCUUGGCAUCACCGGCCAAGAUUGCAACGUCACCCACGUUAUGCAGACCGGCGACACGUGCUACAGCGUUGCCACUGCAGCUGGUAUCCCGAUCAAUACGUUGCUCGCGAACAACCCGAACGUGAACACCAUUUGCACUAACGUUUACCCUGGCGAGGUUCUCUGCACCGCGAGCCAGAUCUAUGUGAACAUCACCUACUAA